AUGUCGCCUCACGCUGUCUCCGUCGUCAUCUCCCCUCCCACUGUCGACUUAGACUCCUACGAACCCUUCGACGAGGAAUACAUUCGCACCGUGGACGAGAUCCUCUCGGACGAACCUAGCUUCGACGCCUCAUUUGAUGCAUACAAUGACGGGUUCUCCAUGGACGGGGCGAAUGACUACCCACAGCGAGAGCGCAAGACGGGUCGAGCCUCUGUCGGCAAGAGAACAGGACAUACACAGAAGAAGUCGCCUUACUUCUCGACGGGCCAGAUGUCUCAGCGGCGCUUCGGAUCGAAGAGAAGUAUUACCAGAACUGAUGUCGACGACGAAGACGAAGAUGAGGACGAGGAUGACCUCACUCCUGCCACGUCUGUCGAAUCCGUGGAAAUCCAGGCAGCCGAUAGCGACACCGAGAACGAGCACCAUAAGAACGCCUACGCUAAAGCCAACGGGAAUGACGCUGUUGACGAUGACAUCGCCGAGGAAGAUAUGGUCUUCGCGUCGGUUAGACCAGAAGCGCGGGCUCGCUUGCUGGACUUCAUUGCGUCACAUCCAUUCAUGCGUGGUGGUACAUAUCCUGUGAGACGGUCCAAGAGACGGACCUUUGUGUGCGAACUCUACGAACAAGCGAAGUCGACUGGCAUGGACGAGAGCUCGAUCGACAGGUUGACAAACUACGUUAGGAAGACAUAUCUCGAACUGUAUGGAAAGGAAUAUGUCGAUACCCAGAGCUCAGAAUUUGGUGACGAGAUUGAUGACGUGGCAGAGGAGAGAAGAAGGUCCUCGAAGGGUUCCAAGAAAGAUCGGAAGAGAAAGCGCCCGAAUGGCGAGAAGGUCAAAGAUAAAUCCAAGAAGAGCAGAGGGAAGUCUUGUGAGGAGAAGGAUACUGUGGUGAUGGCCGAAUCGCAUAACGAUGCCAAGCGUGAGGUAAUCGAUCUUGAGGCUGAGUAUCCUCUUGAGGAUUUCUUCCCAAGUGCCGCUGCUGAGCCCGAUGGUUUGGAGAACAUAUCACCUGCGAAAGAAUUACCCAAGAGCAGGCGCUCAUGCGUCAGCAAGCAGCCCGUUCGUUCCUCGAAAGAAGACAGAUCGAACGGUUACUCUUUUGUCACGCCAGAGAAACGCAACAACAGAAAGAGCGUCUUGACAUCUUCCAAGGACUCUCUGCGCUCGCCUGCAAAUUCCCAGGAGGACCCGAUUUGUCUGGGAAGUGACUCCGAUGGACCCAAACAAUCAGCCACAGCUGCCUCAGUCGCGCACUUGGCGAAUUCUAUUCCUUCGAAUAAACCGGAAACACGCAAAGAGAGCACGAGACUCAGGAAAGAGAGGAAUCAGAGAAAACGCCAGAAUCGCAGGAAGAGAAAAGCUGAGAAAUAUCGGGAAAGCCUGAGGGUCUCGGAGAUUCAAGAGCUUGCAGCCGACGAUCGUCACGUUGAAGGGGAUGCUACGACCAAGAAGAUCGACCGGAAGAACGGCGACGAUAUCAAAGUUGAGAAGAACGUUACCAUACUUGAUGACCCCUUUUGGACUUUGGAUUUUUAG